AUGGACAGGAAUACGAAACGCCACCGCUUAUGGGCCAAAGUGUAUUCAGAAGAAACGGACUUCUGGCGUCGUCAGCGGCGAAGAAGAUUGUUUGUACCUGAACGUCUUCACCUCCCGUCUCUCAAACGCAAUCUGAAGCAUGGCAGGGCUGUUCCACGGCGCCAUCUCGGUGAGUGGGAGCGCGCUGCCAGAUUCGGUCUUCCCCUACUCCAUUGUGACACCUCUGUGCCACCAGGGCUGUUCCACGGCGCCAUCUCGGUGAGCGGCAGCGCGCUGCCGUCGUGGGCGCGGGUGCAGCGGCCGAGGGAGCAGGCGCUGGCGCUGAGGCGGAGAUUCGCUGGCGCCUGUCCGCAGCUGCCGGAGGAGGACAUCGUUAGCUGCCUGCGGAAGGUCGACGCUCAGGAGCUCGUCUUCAACCAGUACGAUUUGCCGCGAGAACCAUACCAGCGCUAUAUACUGAAGAACACGUUUCUCCCUUCAGUCGAAACAGCUUCAUCAAGUAAUUCUCCAUUCCUCACAAAUGAACCUGAGCAGCUUAUGAAGGAAGGAAACUUCACUCAAGUACCCUACAUGACUGGCUUUACGAAUGGAGAAGGGAUAAUGAUACUUCAUUUCUCAUGCCUGUGUACUGAUACUUUUUUUGCGUCGGGGACCGCAACAUCUGCAAGAUUAAUGGCGCACCACGGAGCACCUGUGUACGUGUAUCAGUUCUCACGCGAUGGUCCUAUCGCCUUCCUCAAGGACUUGGUUUACAAAGCUACGCACAUCCCCGGAGUGAUGCACGGAGACGACAUGGCUUAUGUGUUCGACUUCAUAGUUCGUGAUUCAGGAGAACCUAGGCCCGUCCCUUCUUCAGAACGCCCUUUGAGGGAGCGACAAGUCCAGUUCAUCGAACAGUUCGUGAAAUACGGGAGACCGACACAAGAGGAAAACGGAGGCUGGCCUUUGUUUACAUCUGUCAAUGAAACCUACUUGGAUAUAAACAGGGAACUCUCUACUAAUCAGCCUGUUCUGGAAGACCGUGCAAACUUUUGGCGAAGACUUGUCAAUGAAAAUUUCUCCAACGAAGACAGUACCAGACAGUUGAAGUCACGUAAACGAUGACUAUCAGAGAAUAACCUAAAUACAAGUGCAAUACCAAAGGACAAACGAACUGUGUCACAUGACACGUAAAUAUAUGAUACUAGAGACUUGUAGCUGUAACCAUGUUGCCGAAUAAAAACACUAAGUGGUUUCCCCCAAAAAAGCACGACCACUACUCAACAAAAGAUAUUCUCAUGUAUCAUUUCAAAUAAUUAAAUAUUUAACAAAAGCAAACUUCAAAAUUCUUCAAAACCGGUAUUUACGUAUAUUUUACAUACGUGCUAAUAAUAUAAAAUGUCCCUGUUUCGUAACUCAUCACGUAGAUAUCAAAUAUUUAGUGGUAUGUGGCUUCCUUGCUGUAGCAUGCCGUUCGUUAUUUUAAGUGACGCACUGAGUGUCAUAAUUCAAUCAGAAUGCGCAGAACGAGAAAAAGUGGAUUAAUAAAAUAAUUUUUCUUCUACAAUCAAAAUUGAAAAAAAAAGUGUGUUAUGUUAAGAGUGGUUAAAGUCAAAAAAUCCAUUAUAGAUUCCUGCAUCUGACCAUUAUUAACAUAUGGCUCUCAAGAGUGGCCCAGGAGUCCAUGCUAAUAUUUGCAAGUGCCAGACACAUAUGAAGAUAAAUAUUCUUCAUAUAAUACCAAGAGAUAAAAUUCGAUGCGAGCAAAUCAGAAAGAAAACAAAACCACACGACAGUGGAGGUAGUGUCCAUGAACUCAAAUGGCACUGGCAAGGUCAUGUUGUCCGUCAAUAUCCAACCAGAUGAUCACACCGUGCUACGUUUUGGAAUCCGAGAUGAGGCUGAUGCAAACUAGGAAAACAAAAGAGAUGGUCCGAUGUGUUCAAGAAAGAAGAGGUUGCAAAGUGCUCUCAAGUAGUAAAAUACAGACAAGUUUGGAAGAAACUUAAAAU